AUGGAAAUGGGGGACGAGAUUAACACUCUCAUUGAGUCGUGGACGAUGCAGCACGACAAGUUCGAAGUCAUGCGCAUCCUCGGGGAAUUGGGCAUCCCCGCCAGUGCCUGCUUCAACGCCAUAGACAUCUACUCCGACGAACACCUGCUUGAGCGCGAGAUGAUUGUCAGCGUUGACCAUCCCACCCGGGGCAAGUUCAAGGUGCCCGGCGCCCAAUCAAGAUGUCGGAUUCGCAUGUUGAUUUCAAAGCCGCGCCGCUCCUGGGCGAGCACACGCAGAGUAACACCAAUCCCUGAGGAAUACGAAGCCUUCACAAAGGCGCUCGCAGAUUUCGGACAGGCCGGUGUUUGCCGCGGGGUCGGAAAGCUGACGGCAACAGCAUUCGACGACGGCAAGAUCAUCGUCGCGCAGGCGGACUGGGCAAGGCGCAGUUCGGCGUUCAGACGCAGCACCUGA